AUGAAACCAGUCAUGUACCCCCUUCCACUUGCUUCGUGUAAACAAAGUCGACGGGGUCCGUGGACCAGGACGAGCCCCCAUAAUCUCAUGACAGACUGGUGCCUGAUGGGGGCACUGGGCCUUGCCCUUCUCUUCAGCCUGGUCUCGAGCCAGAAGAUGGACCCUUCCAAACACCCCAUAGUCACCACCAACUACGGCAAACUCAGAGGCAUCAAGAAGGACUUAAACAACGAGAUCCUUGGCCCGGUGGAGCAGUACCUCGGCGUUCCCUACGCCACCGCGCCAAUCGGGGACCGCCGCUUCCAACCGCCAGAAGCUCCGGGAUCCUGGCAGGAGAUUCGCAACGCCACCCAGUUUGCCCCCGUGUGCCCCCAGAAUGUCCACGGUGUGCUGCCGGAGAUUAUGCUGCCCGUGUGGUUCACAGACAAUCUGGACGUGGCAGCAGGUUACAUCCAGAACCAGAGCGAGGACUGCCUCUACCUCAACGUCUACGUGCCCACUGAGGAUGUUUUCACAUCACUGCAUAGAGAGAGAGAGAGAGAGAGGAAGGAGCGACGGAUAUCAUUUAACAGGGGGGGGGGGGGGGACAUUCGUGACCGCAGGAAGAAGCCGGUGAUGCUGUUUAUCCACGGAGGCUCCUACAUGGAAGGCACUGGGAACAUGUUUGAUGCCAGCGUCCUGGCGGCUUACGGCAACGUGAUCGUGGUGACCAUGAACUACCGGCUGGGCGUGCUCGGCUUCCUCAGUACCGGCGAUCAAUCUGCCAAGGGGAACUACGGCCUGCUUGACCAGAUUCAGGCGCUGCGUUGGCUCAACGAGAACAUCGGCCACUUCGGCGGAGACCCAGAGAGGAUCACCAUCUUUGGCUCAGGAGCUGGAGCAUCCUGCGUUAAUCUCCUCAUUCUUUCGCACCACUCAGAAGGUCUGUUCCACAGGGCCAUAGCCCAAAGUGGAACAGCAAUCUCCAGCUGGUCUGUCAACUACCAGCCCCUCAAAUACACCAAGAUCUUGGCCAGGAAGGUGGGCUGCACAUACACAGAGACAGCCGACCUGGUUGACUGUCUGAGGCGCAAGAACUUCAGGGAACUGGUGGACCAGGACAUCCAGCCAGCCCGCUACCACAUUGCCUUUGGCCCUGUGGUAGACGGAGAUGUGGUGCCCGAUGAUCCCGAGAUCCUCAUGCAGCAGGGGGAGUUCCUCAACUAUGAUAUCUUAAUAGGAGUGAACCAAGGAGAGGGGCUGAAGUUUGUGGAUGACAGUGAGGACAAUGACGGCAUCUCAGCUGCAGCAUUUGACUACACCAUCUCCAACUUUGUGGACAACCUCUAUGGAUACCCUGAGGGUAAAGACAUCCUGAGGGAGACCAUUAAGUUCAUGUACACAGACUGGGCAGACCGAGACAACGGUGACAUGCGGAGGAAGACCCUGCUAGCUCUGUUUACAGACCACCAGUGGGUGGCGCCAGCAGUGGCCACCGCCAAACUCCAUGCCGAGUUCCAGUCCCCAGUUUACUUUUAUACGUUCUAUCACCACUGCCAGACUGAGACGCGACCGGAAUGGGCCGACGCUGCACAUGGAGAUGAGAUACCAUAUGUGUUUGGUGUGCCCAUGAUUGGUGCCACAGACUUGUUCCCAUGCAACUUCUCCAAGAAUGAUGUGAUGCUGAGUGCUGUAGUGAUGACCUACUGGACCAACUUCGCUAAGACUGGGGACCCCAACCUGCCAGUCCCUCAGGAUACCAAAUUCAUUCACACCAAGCCCAACCGCUUUGAAGAAGUCAUCUGGACCAAGUUUAACUCAAAGGAUAAGCAGUACCUCCACAUUGGGUUGAAACCUCGUGUCAGAGACAACUACAGGGCAAACAAGGUGGCCUUCUGGUUGGAAUUAGUCCCUCAUCUCCAUAGUUUACAUGAGGAGCUCUUCCCAACCACGACCCGAUCACCACCAGGCCCUGGCUCUGGCACCCACAGACCCUGGCCCAAACCACCGGGGCCUCGCACCACUCGACAUCCCUACCCUACUUUCCCUCCCGACCCAGAGCCUGAGGGUUCAGAGCGUCCACGCCAGGACCUCUUCCCUGGAGACACCCGGGACUACUCCACUGAGCUGAGUGUGACGGUUGCUGUGGGGGCGUCACUCCUCUUCCUCAACAUCCUGGCCUUUGCUGCCCUUUACUACAAGCGUGACAAGCGGCAUGAGAUGCGACGCCACCGACUAUCUCCUCAGCGCGGUGGCCCUGCCAAUGACCUGGCUCACAGUCAGGAGGAGGAGAUCAUGUCCUUACAGAUGAAGCACUCGGAACAUGACGCUCACCAUGACAUGGAGCCCCUUCGGCCCCAUGACAUCCUACGGCCCGCCUGCCCGCCUGACUACACACUGGCACUGCGCCGUGCCCCUGACGACGUACCACUGAUGACACCUAACACCAUUACCAUGAUCCCCAGUACCAUCACCAGCAUGCAGCCACUCCAUGCCUUCAACACCUUCCCUUCCACCGGCCACAACAACACCUUGCCCCACCCCCACUCCACCACCAGGGUAUAG